AUGCGACUGACAAAUGGGAAGAAUGUAGCAACCGGCUCCUCAUCCAACCAUCAGAAAUUCGCGACCGACCUGGAAGCCGCGACUCGCCGCCUGGAAGACACGGACAAAGCGGGCAACGAAUUGAUCAAGAAAAACACCAAGGAACUGGAUGGAGUCCAGGCCAGGCACCUGCAGCUUCACGCCCUCUGGGAACGACUCCACCGACUUCGACAGCAGACGGAGGAGAACCUCACCAGAGCCUCGAGGUCAGCUCCCGUCACCCUUACAAAACGUCCAAUCCCAGGUGGACGUCCCUUGGAUGCCUCCAGGCGGACGUCCCUUGGAUGCCUCCAGGCGGACGUCCCUUGGAUGCCUCCAGGUGGACGUCCCUUGGAUGCCUCCAGACAGUCUCACGCCUUCAGGUUGGAGCAGUUGAACCUUGCCUGCGACCGCGUCAGAGACCGACUGGAGGACGCCCUCCGCGAGCAUCCCGACCCGGUCCACGCCCUCCGCUCACGCCCCGACCCGGUCCACGCCCUCCGCUCACGCCCCGAGGCACUCGCUCUCGUUCGAGAGGAACUCGAUCGGGUGGCUCUCGAGGCCGAUUCGGCGAUGUCGUCGUAUCCGGACGAGGCAGCGAACAUUGCAGCAAGGCAAAGGGAGCUCCAAAUCCUCUGGGAGAAAUUAAAGGAAAAUGCGGCAGACAGGAGGAACAGAUCGGAGGAAGAUACCAACCGAGAAAUCUUCCUCGCCGACGCCAAGAACUUGCUCGACUGGAUGAGAACCGCGAUGGAAACUCUGAGCGCAGACGACCCAGCGAGAGACGUGGCAACUGCCGAAGAAUCGCUCAGGACGCACGCCGAACUGGGCGACCAAAUCCGAGCUCGCGACGCCGAAAUCGAAAAAGUGACGGAGCGGGGGCGGAAUCUCCUGCAGAGGAGUCCAGAGACGAAAGAUGCCAUUCGCGACGCUCUCGAGCGACUUCAGGUGCGACUCCAUUCCUCCUCCUCGCGACAUCCACCGCAACAAACAGCAACCACUUGCCACUUGCUACAGUCGGAGUCGGAAGCGACGAAGCGAGGCUGGCAGGCGAGGGACGACCGACUGAGGCAUCGCCGCGACCGCCUGCGCUUCGAGGGGGAGGCCAGGCGCCUCGACGCGGCCGCGGCGGGGCACGAGGCUCUCCUGCGAUCCUCGUGCCUCGAUGCGGCGGCGGCGGGGCACGAGGACGAGGUGGAGGCUCUCCUCAAGGGCCACGAGGAUUUCGAGAGGAAGCUCGUCGUCGAAGACGAGAGAGCGAAGGCGUUGAGCGAGAUGGCCGACCGACUGAUCGAGGCCAACGCCGACGAGGCCGACGAGGCCGACGAAGUCGACAAGCGCAGGAAGCAGACCCUGGCGAGGCGAGAGGCCGCGAAGGAGAAAGCGGCCGAACGGAGACGACGACUGCUCUCGUCCCAGGACUUUCACCUGUUCCAGGCCGACGCCGACGCCAUGCUCGCGUGGAUGGCCUCCAGGACCGACGAAUCCGAUCGCGACCCGCGGAACCUCGCGAGAAACCUCCGAAAGCACGAGGCCCUCGAGCAAGAACUGCAAUCCUACGAGGGGAAACUGCACGAUCUGACCCAGGCCAGUCUCGCCGGCCAGUCCCUCGUCACCCACGGCCACCCCCGAAGCAAAGACCUCCAGCACACCCUGGACACCCUCAACGAAAGCUGGAAGCAAUUCACUCGCCUCACCAAGGACAAAGGCGAGGAACUCCGGCAAGCUUCAGCCCAGCUCGGACACAACAGGACUCUGGAAGACGCAAGGCAAAAGGCAGAAGAAUUUGAAUCCAGCCUCCAAUCCACCGACCGCGGAACCGACCUGAGAAGCGCGAAGCAGCUGCUCCAUAACCAUCAGAUACUGGAGCAUGCCAUGACCGAAUGGGAGGCCAAGGUCAAUGACCUUAAGGGCGUCAAGGACGACGAAACAGCAGAGAAAGGUCGCCUCGAAGUCCUCAAAGAAAAGCGAGUGACACUUGAAUCAUUCGCCAGCUUGAAAGCGGCGGCAGCCCGCCGACGCACCGCCCUCGAGGAGUCCCUGCGAACGCACGAGUUCCUCGCAGAAGUGGACGCUCGGCUGCGAUGGAUCGAGGCGCGCCUGCCCGCGGCCUGCUGCGACGUCCGGAGUCUCACGGAGGCGCGGAGCCUCGAGAGGAGGCACGAGGCGCUGCUGGAGGAGCUGGCGGGGUAUGGAGGGUCCGUGGAGGCGACUCUCGGGCGGGCAGAUGGGGUGAGUCUUCCGGGAGGUUGGAGGUCUGUUGCGGGGUCAACGGGGAGUCGCGGUUCUCUGGUGGAGGGGAGGUGCAAGGAGUUGAGGGAUGCGUGGGAGGACCUCCUCGAGAAGGCGAAAGAAUGGGGGGAUCGCGUCCGGAGAUCUCUCGAGGCCCAGCGGUACUUCGCCGACGCCGACGAGGUCGAAAUCCGAAUGACAGAAAAACGGGACGUUUUCCUGUCCAAGGAUCGUGGAAAAGACGAGGAGGCUGCCAAGGCUCUCCUUGCCAGACACGAGGUCUGCCAGAUCCAAUUCGGUCACCAAUCGUGUCAAAUCCGAAGCCUUGCGCUUUUGCAUAAGUACCAGUACUUGCAGUCCCAGGAGCAGGAGCUGGAUUCGCUCUGUCGCCUGGUGACGGAAAUGGAGUCCACCGCCCAAAAAAUGAUCGAAUCCGGCCACCCCGACUCGAAAAGGAUCCGAAACCGCCAGGACGCCCUUUCUCGCCAGACAAAGUACCUGCAGAAAGCGGCAGACGCCCUCCGCCAUAACCUGACCCAGUCCCUCCACCGCCACGCCCACUCGCGAGAGACCGAAGACCUCCACGAGUGGCUGGACCGGAUGACCCGAGCCGCCUCGUCCGACGACCACGCCACCGACUACGAGCACCUCCUCGACCUCCAAGGCGAGCUGAACGACUUGAAACUCGAAGCGGAGGCAGGGACGAAGCGACUCGAGCAGUGCGAGGAGGCCAAGAAGCGGAUCGGAAUUCCUCAUUUUUCCGAGGGAGACGAACUCAGUGAAGAGGUUGGCGAAGGAGAAGAAGACACGGCCGAGAACUCAGAAAAGCUACGGGAGAAAAUGGGGAAGCUGUUCGAGCAGAUCCAGGCAAGGACCCAGCAACUGGACGCGGCUGGGGAGAUCCACCGCUUCGACCGAGACGCGGCCGAGGUCCUCACCAGCAUGCAGACGGAAUUUCCGACGAACGACGACCUCGGCAAGGACCUCGGCUCCGUGCGGAGCCUCAUCGAAAAGCACGAAGGGCUCGAAAAAGACCUGGUCGCCCUGGACGUCCGGCUGCAGUCGCUGACGGACGAAGCAGCCAGGUUGCAAGCGAAGCAUCAGGGAGAAAACGCAGCGCGCGUGAAAGAGCAACAGUUGAAGUUGGCCCGAGAACGGACCAAACUCCAAGAGAGGACCAGCCAGAGAAAAAAGGCGCUGGAAGAAUCCCUUCAGCUGCAGGAAUUCCUCUCGGCCGUUCGCGAUUUGGUGACUUGGGCCUCGGAUCUCCGGAGAACCAUGACCGAGGAAAAAGUACGGGAUCCUUCCUCGGCCCUGACCUUCAAGGCCGAGCACGAAGGCCUCAAAGUCGAAAUCGACUCAAGGGAGGAGAACUUCCGCCAGGUGAUCGAGGCUGGAAAGAUCAUCGUCUCAGACGGACACCACGCAACUCAGGUUAACCAGCAGCUGGACCAGGUGGAGGAAGAGCGGCAGAAGCUUCACGCGGCCUGGCAUCGCAAGAAAGUCUGCCUCGACCAACUCGUCGACCUCCAUGCUUUCCUUCGAGACGUGGAGCGGCUUUCCGCUACUGCUGCCGCCCAAGCGGCGGCACUGACGAACUCGCAUCUGGGCUCCACCGUGGAAGAGUUGGACGCUCGCGUGAAAAAGCAAGAGACAAUCGAUGAAUCGAUCGCAGCCGAAGACGAGAAACUGGCCGCCCUGCAAUCGCACGGAGCGGCGCUGAUCCACCAGAGCCACCCCGACAGCUCCACCCUCCAGGCGAAGCUGGAGGAAGCGACAGAGCUGAGGAAGCGCGUGCGGGAGCUCGCUGCCGAUUUGAGGAAGCGUCUCACAGAUGGACUCGUCUGCGCUCGGUUCUAUCGGAAUGCGUAUGAUGCCAUGGCAUGGAUUGCCGAAAGGCGCAAGAAAAUCCAGUUGGAAUCCCGGACGGUCGCAGCUGAGACGAGUCACGAGGUGAACAAGAAAUUGCAGUUGUACAAAGCUUUUGAAGCGGAGCUGGCAGCCCACGAGCCCACGAUCAAGGACAUCCAGAAAAACGGUGCCCAGCUCCUCCAAAAAGAUCACCCGUCUUCUCCCGAAAUCCAGCAUCAUCUAGACGAACUGAAGCAAGCUUGGAUCGCACUUGAUGAUGAGACCAAGAGCCUCGGUCGCGACCUCGAAGAGGUUCAAUGUAUCCUUCAAUUUAACGCGCAACUCGAGGAACUGGAUCAGCGGAUUCAAGAGAAGGAGGCGAUGGUGAACGCGAGAGACACCGGACGAGAUUAUGAGCAUUGUCUCAGUCUGCAUAAGAAGCUGGAAGACACAGACAUGCACGUUGAGGAAUCCCAACUACAAGCCAUCAACGCCCUGGCCGACCAGCUGGGAUGCAGCGACAUGCAACAGAAACGAGACGAGCUGAAGAGCAAGUGGAUGGCCCUGUUAGAAUCAAUGAGCGAGUACAGAGAGCAGUUGGCUGGCGCUUUGGAAUUCCACGCAUUCAAUCGGGACGUGUUCGACACCCUCGAUCGCAUCGCCGAGAAGUCCAAUGCUCCCUCCGUCGAUACGGGGAAGAUUCUGGCUCGGGUCGAGACACUGCAGCGGAAACAGGACGAAAUCGAACGAGACAUUCCCAUCAUCGAAAGCAAAAUCACGGCUUUGGAGAACGAAGCCCAGCGCCUGGCGCAGCUGCAUCCGGACGCCGCCGCGUCGAUCGUGCAGAAGCUCUCCGACCUCCAGGAACGCCGGCAGGCCCUGACGCAGGAGUGCGAGGCUCGCCGGCAGCAGCUGGCCGACGCCCACGCCCUACAGUGGUUCGAGUCGCAACUGAAAGAGCUGGAGGAGUGGGUGGAAGAGACGCGGGAGGCGAUGAGCAGCAGGGGAGUCCCCAGCUGCGAUGCCAAGGAGGAGUCCGUGCUCCGACUCCAUCAGGAACGAAAGGCUGAGAUCGACGGGAAGCAGGAGGCCUUCGAGUCCCUCGAGGAUUUCGGUCGUCGUCUCAUCCAACAGAAUCACUGGGCCAAAGACGAGGUCAAGGAAGCAGUCGAGUAUUUAGAGGAAAUGAGACGAUCCUUGAGUGCCCUCUGGGAGGAACAGACGCACUCGUUUCAGGCCUUGCCAGACAAAGCGAUCUUCAAACAGGCCGACGAGGUCGACGAGUGGCUUGCAGACAAGGAGGCCUUCCUCAGUAACGAUGACCUCGGGGAUUCCCUGGAUGCUGUCGAGACUUUGAUGCGAGAGCAUGAGGCGUUCGAGAAAACGCUGCAUCAAUCACACACAGCGAAAGUCGACCGACUCGAGAAAUCCGCCAUGAAGCUGAUUGCCGAGAACCAUCCCGACGGCCAGGCCAUCCAGCAUCGCCUGAGCGAGGUCCUAAAAAAAAGAGAUCUCCUAAUGGAAAACUCCGCGAUCCGCUCUCGCAAACUCGCCGAAUCCCGGCAACUCCAACAAUUCCUGAUUCGCAUGGCGGAAGCAUCUACCCGGAUAGCCGAGAAGAAGCAGGCCGCCCUCGACCAUCGAGACUCUACGACCCUCCAAAGCGACAUGAAAUCCCUACAGGAACUCGACGCCGAGAUCCUCUCCUGCAAAGCUCGCGUUGACCAGGAAGGAGAAAAGCUGAUCGGGAACGGACACUUCGCAGCCGAGGACAUCCGACAGCGGCUGGACGAAUCCGCCCGGCUCUGGCAGGGACUGCUGGACGCAUCCCAAGAGAAACAACAGCAACUGCAGGAAUUCCUCUCAUCUGUUCGCGAUUUAGUGACUUGGGCCUCGGAUCUCCGGAGCACCAUGACCGAGGAAAAAGUACUGGAUCCUUCCUCGGCCCCGACAUACAAGGCCGAGCACGAAGGCCUCAAGGCCGAAAUCGAAUCAAGGGAGGAGAACUUCCGCCAGGUGAUCGAGGCUGGAAAGAUCAUCAUCUCAGACGGACACCACGCAACUCAGGUUAACCAGCAGCUGGACCAGGUGGAGGAAGAGCGGCAGAAGCUUCACGCGGCCUGGCAUCGCAAGAAAGUCUGCCUCGACCAACUCAUCGACCUCCAUGCUUUCCUUCGAGACGUGGAGCGGCUUUCCACUGCUGCUGUCGCCCAAGCGGCGGCACUGGCUAGUUCGGAUGUUGGUUCCACCUUCGAAGAGUUGAACGCUUGCAUGAAAAAACAAGAGGCAUUCGAUGAAUCGAUCGCAGCCGAAGACGAGAAACUGGCCGCCCUGCAAUCGCACGGAGCAGCGCUGAUCCACCAGAGCCACCCCGACACUCCCACCCUCCAGGCGAAGCUGGAGGAAGCGACAGAGCUGAGGAAGCGCGUGCGGGAGCUCGCUGACGAUUUGAGGAAGCGUCUCACCGAUGGACUCGUCUGCGCUCGGUUCUGUCGGGAUGCUUAUGAAGCCACGGUAUGGAUUAACGAGACGCGCAAGAAACUCCAGUUGGAAUCCCAGACGGUCGCAGCUGCGACGAGUCACGACAAGGUGAUCGAGAAAUUGCAAAAUUACCAAGCCUUAAAAGGAGAGCUGGCAGCCCAAGAGCCCACGAUCAAGGACAUCCAGAUGAACGGUGACCAACUUCUUCAAAAUGAUCACCCGUCAUCUCCCGAAAUCCAGCAUCACCUAGACGAACUGAAGCAAGCUUGGAUCGCACUUGAUGAUGAGACCAAGAGCCUCGGUCUCGACCUCGAAGAGGCUCAAUGGACCCUUCAAUUCAACUCGAAAGUCGAGGAACUGGAUCAGCGGAUUCGAGCGACAGAGGCGAUGGUGAACGCGAGAGAUACAGGACGAGAUUAUGAGCAUUGUCUCAGUCUGCAUAAGAAGCUGGACGACACAGACAUGCAGGUUGAGGAAUCCCAACUACAAGCCAUCAACGCCCUGGCCGACCAGCUGGGAUGCAGCGACAUACAACAGAAACGAGACGAGCUGAACCGCAAGUGGAGGGCCCUGUUAGAAUCAAUGAGAGAGUACAGAGAGCAGCUGGGUGGAGCUUUGGAAUUCCACGCAUUCAAUCGGGACGUAAUCGACACCCUCGAUCGCAUCGCCGAGAAGUCCAAUGCUCCCUCCGCCGAUACGGGGAAGACCCUAGCUCAGGUCGAGGCCCUGCAGCGGAAACAGGACGAAAUCGAACGAGACAUUCCCAUCAUCGAAAGCAAAAUCACGGCUUUGGAGACCGAAGCCCAGCGCCUGGCGCAGCUGCAUCCGGACGCCGCCGCGUCGAUCGUGCAGAAGCUCUCCGACCUCCAGGAACGCCGGCAGGCCCUGACGCAGGAGUGCGAGGCUCGCCGGCAGCAGCUGGCCGACGCCCACGCCCUACAGUGGUUCGAGUCGCAAUUGAAAGAGCUGGAGGAGUGGGUGCAGGACAACCGAGAGGCGAUGAGCGGCGGUGACGUCCCCAGUAGCCAGGUCGAGGCGGAGUCAGUGCUCCGACUCCAUCUGGAACGAAAGGCCGAGAUCGACGGGAAGCAGGAGGCCUUCGAGUCCCUCGAGGAUUUCGGUCGUCGACUCGUCCAACAGAAUCACUGGGCCAAAGGCAAAGUCGAAGAAGCGGUCAGACGUUUAGAGGAAAUGAGACGAUCUUUGAGUGCCCUCUGGGAAGAACAGAAGCACAUUUUGAAAUCCUUGCCACGCAAAGCGUUCUUUAAACAGGCCGACGAGGUCGACGAGUGGCUUGCAGACAAGGAGGCCUUCCUCGGUAACGAUGACCUCGGGGAUUCCCUGGAUGCUGUCGAGACUUUGAUGCGAGAGCAUGAGGCGUUCGAGAAAACGCUGCAUCAAUCACACACCGAAAAAGUCGACCGACUCGAGAAAUCCGCCAUGAAGCUGAUUGCCGAGAACCAUCCCGACGGCCAGGCCAUCCAGCAUCGCCUGAGCGAGGUUCUUCAAAGAAGAGAUCUCCUGAAGGAAAACUCCGCGAUCCGCUCUCGCAAGCUCGCCGAAUCCCGGCAACUCCAACAAUUCCUGAUAUGCAUCGAGGAAGCAUCGACCCAGAUAGCCGAGAAGAAGCAGGCCACCCUCGACCAUCGAGGCUCCAGAAACCUCCAAAGCGACAUUAAAUCCCUCCACGCCCUCGACGCCGAGAUCCUCUCCUGCAAAGCUCGCGUUGACCAGGAAGGAGAAAAGCUGAUCGGGAACGGACACUUCGCAGCCGAGGACAUCCGACAGCGGCUGGACGAAUCCGCCCGGCUCUGGCAGGGACUGCUGGACUCUUCCUGCGAAAAGCAACAGCAGCUCCAAGACGUUUUCAAUCGUACAUUGGAUGACCUUGACGUCUGGAUGAAUGAGGUCGAAGGUCACCUCCUGAGCGACGUCCGCGGUCUCGACAUGACUUCGCUACAAGCUCUACUGAAGAAGCAUCGGCGUCUGGAAUCCGACAUUCGUGCGCGUGCUGACCACAUCGAGCGGGUCAAGGUCACAUCUGCUGCAUUCCGCGACAACAAGCAUUUUUUGAAGGAUGAAAUUUACCGGAAGGUUCGAGCUGUCGUCAAGAGGUACGAAUCCCUGCUCGAGUCACUGCGGGACCGUGAGACCGCUCUGAAGGACGCCCAACUCCUCCAUCGGUUCCUCCGGGAAGUGGAGGACGAGCAGGCGUGGAUGUCCGAGAAGGAGGUCAUGCUCCGCUCCGACGAAUCGGGCACGAGCCUCGCUGCCGUCCAGUCGCUCAUGACGAAGCAUCAGGCUCUGGAAGCAAAGAUCCGGAAACACACGCGUGUCGUCAAUCUGGUGACGACAAAGGGGCAGCAGAUGAUAAAAAGCGGGCACUUCGCAUCGACUCAGAUCGACACGAAAGUCAGGGACCUGUCGACACGCAUGGCAGAGCUGAAAGACGCCACCAGCAAGCGGCGGCGGCGUCUUCGGGAAGCAAUAGAGUCCCAGCAGCUCGCCCUGAAGAGGAAGGAGCUUAGAUGGAAGGGAGGCUUCUGUUGCGGCUGGGGCUUUGGGAUUCUUCUGGCGGCUGUGCUGUUCCUGGCAGUCCUCCGUUGGAUGGCAGGCGGCCCUGAGACUCCGGACGGUGAGGAACUCAAUGUAGCAAGAGGAGAAACGUAGCGGUGAUUAAUUGCGUACCGAAGUACCCAUCGAUUCUGGG